GUCAGUGAAAUCACAAGGCUCCAACUGAAAACCAGCGAACGAAGAGAGAAUUGUUUAUGUCACAUUUUAGUUUUAAUUUAUUAAUAAUUUUUUUUGUUUUAUUAUUAAUUAAUGAUGUGCGCGUACUGCUUCUGAAUUUUAAUGCAUCUAUUACGACUACUCUUAUGAUAAUAGCUCACGUCAUAUUUAUUAAUUCGAUGGGCUUUAUCGACUCGCCGCAUGACUUCGAAAAGACGUACGAGACGUUCCAUUUUCACCUAAUAUACAACGGGCUAAUGAUCGUGCAGAUUUUCUUCGUAAUGUCGGCGUUUCUGCAGGCGUACAACAUACAGAUACGAUCGGAGACAAAGCCAAUUAAGUGGUCACAGCUUCCAAGGUUGUUUUUCGCAAGAUGGUGCAGAUUGACCCCAGCCAAUGCAGCGAUGAUCGCGUUCUCAGCCACUUGGCUUCGGCACAUGGGAUCUGGUCCUCUAUGGAAGCUUUACGUCACCAACUCCGUGGUGGCUGACUGCCGGAAGUAUUGGUGGUUACAUGUCCUCUACCUCAAUAACUAUUGUUCAGAAGAUAGACUGUGCGCCCUACAGACCUGGCACGUGGCAGCCGACACCCAACUCUUUGCGAUAGGGAUGUUUGUGUACUUGGCAACGGAGUCAAGUGGCAGGUGGUUGGCACUAACGCUGUUAUUGCUUGUGGGAAUGACAGCGCCGGCUCUGCACGUGUGGCUGCAGGACUUGGACGCGUUGGUUCUGAUGUCGCCUGAGUAAGCGAUUUAUAAUAAUUUUAUUAGUUAGAAUAAAAAGCUACUUUCAUAAAAUCAACACUCAUUGAUCAACACAGAGCACCGGCGGAUCGUAGGAGAGUAGCCAUACGCAGGCAUUUUCCUCUGUCAAAGUAUAUGUCCACGUUAUCCUAUGCGUACAAAAAACUAGUUACAGCCGCACUGCUCACUAGACUAAAUCUAGUUGCGUGGCUGAAUCGAUGUCCUACAAAAAUACUCAAUUGGGAUUUUUUUUUCUACAAAAAGAGAUCAGCUACGUCAAAUUUACAAAAAGGUGGCGUUAUCUUUUAUAUACUUAUAAAUAAAGUAAUAACGGUCAUGUUGUUUCUCAACACAGGCCGCUUGCACUUAUACAAUAUGCAGAUUGUUCGAGCGACUGAUCCGAGUCUGUAUCCGAGUUGUCGCUGUCACCGAGCGAUACUGUUGUAAUGUAUCUAUGUGUAUGUAAAAUUGUUAGUUUAUUGUUUUAAUUGCCAUGUGUGAGUUUCGUAGUAACAGACGAUUGUUUUUGUGUGCGCGGAGCAGACAUGACAAACAGUUCUGAAACGGGGAAAACGCUAUGGCUACUUCCGUCCGGUCAGUCGGUGGCCCGUGUUGUACUAUGUAUUUCCCAAAGUCUGAAGAAGAUAAACAACUCCCUUGAAGGAUAAUGUUUACGCUUUUUCAAUAAGAGACACAAAGAAAAAGUAAGCUUACCUUUAAAUAUUUAAAAAAAAUACACAUAUGAAUCACUCAUAAAUAAAACAUAUUACACUGUCGAUGACUGCCUUGUAAAUAGAGAUACUUGGUCUUAAUGUCUUUCAGUUUAACACAUAUACAAUCUCAUUUACAAGCUGGAAAAUUUAAUAUGUUAUUUUGUUAUUUAAUGAACAUAAAUUCACCAAAGACGUAUUUCGUCGUAGCUUUGUUUUAAGUCUACAUGAAUCUAGAUAUUGGUUUCAUUUAACGAUUCCUGUAUGUGUAUAUGUGCGUUUAUAUGUGUAUGUAUAUCCUGCAUGUGUGUAUAUGUGUAUAUGUCAAUUUUUUGUUUAUUUCAUAGACGGAUGGGGGGUAUAUUGCCAUAGUUGCCACGCUUCGCGAGCGGGUUGGCAACCGCAGAUUAAACUCGAAAUUCAACUCGGCUGAGCAGCGUUCGUGAGAUUACGACACAUCUUCUCGCCAGGCAUACCUUAAAACUGACUGCACAAGCAGUGCUUGUUGCCAGUGAUCAUCUGUGGAUCAGAGACGUAGUCCUUCACUGCUGGCCGAACAAGAAAGAAAGCUCAAGGUCGCUCAACGAGCUAAGAAGAGGGCUAUGCUCGGGUUUUUUCUGCAAGAUAGACUUAAAAACGAGGAUAUCCGCAGUAGAACUAAAGUCGACAAACCGACAAAGCCCAACGGAUUAGUAAUCUGAAGUGGCAAUGGGCGGGCCUUAUAGCUAGAAGAACGGACAACCGAUUAAAGAGAAAGUUUCUCGAGUGGCAGCCUCGUACCGGUAGACGAAGUGUAGGGCGUCCCCCCAUUAAAUGGAGUGACGACCUGGUAAGACAUGCAUGAAGUCGAUGGAUGCAGGUGGCUCAGGACCGUGCUUUGUGGCAUUAUUUGGGGGAGGCUUAUGUUCAGCAGUGGCCUUGUGAAGGGCUAUAAUGAUGAUUAUGAUAGACGGAUGCACUCAGGUGUCCCCAUAGAUUGUCUCAUAGGGGAGUAUUUGUUAUCGUUGACACGCUUGGCAGGCGGGUUGGCCACAUCAGUUUUUUAUUAUUAUGUUGAGUUGUUAUCAUGAAUAUGCUGUUGCCCUUCUCCCGAUUAAUUCCUCUCUCGCCUUUUACGAUAUGGCAUAUGUGAUUAUAUAAUUUCAUGAAAAUAACCUUGUAUUCUCACUAGGAUUAUAACAGCACAUGAUGCGUGUUGUCAAAGUUUAUUUGAACUCUAAAUUUUGUAAUAUUAUCCAUAUAGUAGCGAUUUAAGAACAUCCACUACUCCAUAUCACCCCGUGGAUGUCGUAAGAUAAAAAAAACUGCGGUUGACAAUGUAUGGCAAAUAUACCCUCAAUGAGACAAUCUAUGGCGGAGGCCUAUGUUCAUCAGUGGAUAUUUGAUAGGCUGUAAUGGAUAAUGGAUUUGUAAUAUUAAUUUACUUGCUUCUGUUUAAAGAUUUUACCGUAGAUGGUUUGACACUACGUUUCACUACCUGCACGUCCUCGGUCACAACAAUCUGACGUGUUACGUCAUCGGCCUUGGUACUGGCACUCUUGUUUACCAUUGGCAGAAGAAAAAUGUGGAUUUAUAUAAAUAUAAGUUAAAAAUGGGGGGCACUAUGCUGGUUUAUACUACCAGCUAUUGGCUGUCUGUUCCUGACGGGGCGUUUGUUCUUCAUUGACGGAGCUCGUGCCUCUCUGACCGCGCGCAUGUUGUACGCGGGAACACACCGCGUCGUUAUGGGAGCCUUGGUCGCCCUGGCCGUGGUGGCAAUCACCAUGAGGCUUAGUGAGAGUUUCUGCAGCUUCUUUGAAUGGAAUGGCUGGUUGGUGCCCAGCAGACUCUCCUACAGCGUCUAUUUGGUGCAUAUGAACUUUAUACAUGUGCUUCUUGGUAUAAGAACACAACUCAGUCUCGUGUCUUUAUAUAAUAUGCUUAUCGUCUAUUUCGGGGUGAUUGUGAUGUCAGUAAUGUUGGCACUGCCCUUCUACCUGAUAGUGGAGGCGCCAAUGACCGGACUUCUAAAAAUAUUCUUUAAAUCGAAAGACUCGAAACAGACAGAAGUUGAGUGGAAUGGAAAGAAAAAAGAGUAAUUAUGAAGAAAAGUGAGGAAUAAUUUUUGAAAAUUUAAGGGGAAUUUUUAGAAAUUAGGUCUUGAGAUUAUAAUAUUAUAAUAUGUGUAUAAUGUUAUGGACAGUAUGUUUUUUCGUGACUAAUUAAAUUAGCGCUAAUUAACCUCCUUUUUAAUUUAAUUCUGAAGAUUCACAGUACAUGUGUUUGCUACUUUUGGUAUAUUUCAAUAGUUUGUUUUAUUUCUAUUUUAUUAAAGAAUUCUGGCUAUGGUGUU